AGUCGGUCAUAUAAAUCUGUAAUUGCACCACUCAACCAACACACAAGAGGAAGCCACGAACCUUAUGAGUUAUGAGCAAAUACUCUGCAAAUUAGACCUUACGAAUUGUUUCAAAUAUGAAUACAUUACACAUUUACACCACUUCAACAAGAAGCAGACAAACUAGGAAGGUUGAACAAGAUAGCAGAUAUGGUGACAAAAAUGACAUUUUUUUUCACUUAUGUACACUGAUGCCUAGUAAAAAUGAGGAAUUAAGAGUAGUCAAACCAGGAAGUGAUACAGACAACACUUCCACUGCAGCAAAAGUAGAAUCCAUUGAGAUGCUUCAAAAUGGGGCGUACACGUUUAUCACCACGUGAAGGUCUCAUGGUGCAACAAAAAUAGCAUUCACAUUUCACUCUAAAACCCUACGAUAGGUGCCUAGGAAAUACUUUGGUGUGCUACUCUUGAGUGGGAUAUACUAGGCUUGUUUGAUUAGGUUUAGGACAAGUAAACAACUGCGAGAUAUCAAUUUAUCAGUGUAUGCUGAUUGCAAAUGGUGAUGAAUCCAUAGAAGAGUAUAAUAGAAAAAUCUAAUUAAGUAGAUGAGUGUAGUGGAGGAGAUGUGUGGUACUGCUUGAAAGAUUGAGUUUCCAGAAAUGUGAUUUGCAUGAAUGUGAGCGUAGUGACUACUGAAGUGAAGGAGAAAUGACUAAUUUGCCUCUGGAAGGUAAGUGCCAGCAAGGAUAGUCCUGAAAAUAACAUUGACUAAAGGUGUAAGUAUAAAGACAUUGAUGCAUUGGACUGUUAUCCCUGUUGAGUAGGUCUCUAAGUACAUGACAGAAAAUAGUGGAUAUUGAAGACACUACUUGAUAACCUCCACAUAUACUCUAUUGGUUCAUGUAGCGGACCCUAGUGAUUUGAGAUUAGGUAUUGCCCUAAUGGUUGGAGAUUAUUAUGUCCUAUCUGCCCGGGAGAGGUAAUCCUCAAUGACAAGAUCUCUAAGUCCAUGUAAGAAAAAAGUAGAAACAAAGAUCUUUGUGGAUA